AUGACAAAGCUCAUUGCGAUCUGCGGUGCCACAGGAAAUCAAGGCGGAUCUGUCGCCAGGUUGCUUCUGCAGUACCCAGAUCAGUAUAGGGUACGGGCUCUGACCAGGAACCCUGAGUCGACAGCAGCGCAAGAACUAGCGAAGCAGGGAGCAGAAGUCGUCAAAGCAGACCUGACCAUUCCUUCGGACGUCACAGAGGCAUUAAAAGAUUGCUGGGGAGUAUUUGGCGUCACCAACUUCUACGAUCCCAAAAUCAAGGAUGAUCCAGGAAGCGAGGAGAGGCAAGGGAAAAACCUCGUCGAUGCUGCACUAGCUGCGAACAUUCAAUGCUUGCUUUGGAGCACACUUCCGAGUUCCAGGAAGAUAUCUGGCGGUCGUCUUGUUUCACGAAUUUAUGAAGGGAAGUACCAGGUCGAUGACUACAUCCGAGAGAAGGGCCUGCCAGCAAGCUUCCUCUACACUGGAAAUUUCUACGAGAACAUGGUCUACCGUUCCCACAUGCAGUAUGAUCGCGAGAAAGACCUGGUAGAGUUUCGCCAGCCAAUCGUGAAGGAGACCACAAAGUUGGCGAUGCUGUACGUCGAGAAAGACCUUUCUGCAGUUGCCAAGGCAGUCUUCGACCAGUGGGAAGAGAAGAAGGAUGAACUCAGUCAUCAGUACUUGUAUGUGACGAACGCGCGAAUCGCUCCAAUGGAUAUCGCGGCGAGCGUCAAGAAAGUGACAGGCAAGGAAUGCACAUACACCGUCUUGCCAACGACGGGCGUCCCAGAUCGCGACAUUAUGUUCCAGCUAUACAACGAGAUGGGAAUGUACGGCAAGAAGGAGAUUCCGGAUGAGAAUAUAUUGAAGCUGGGAGUGAAGUUCCACGAUGUGGACGACUUCGUCAGGGAGCGCUUGGCACCACACCUCGGCUUGCCAGUCAUACUUUGAGUAGCAUGUUAGUGCAGGAAAUAUAGCGCAUGACCUAAAUGAUGAACGCUGAACGUGC